AUGGCAUAUGCAACUGAGAAUGGUCCAACUGGUCAUCUGCAACCAUGUGAAGGUCAUUUGCAAGUCAAUGAUGAUCCCAUUUUAACUUUGCCCGCUGUAGCACAGUAUAAUGCAAGUUUAACAGCAGCAGAAUAUUACCAAACUGGAGGUUAUUGGCAUAUUGGAACACAAAUGAUGGAUUGUCUGUUUCAAACUGAUCGUAUCGCAGAUGUGGCUUUUGAUCCAUUGGAGGAGUUAAUAUGGUGUGUGACACGGACAGGUCAAAUGAGUGCUUUUUAUUCAACGACUUUAGAGCGUUACAUCACUCUUACUGUUCCUUUAAUCUCUGAUGUGAACUCUUUUGAAACUGUAGUACCGUACAGUGAGCUGAAACAGGUAUUCCCAUCACCUCGUCUCAUGGAGCAUUCUGUUUUCGUUUUAGCCAAUAAUGCACUACAUGCCUAUACAAAAAUGGGUAGGCCACUAGCAUCCGCUGUACAUAAAUUUAUGCUUGAACUGGAAUGUUUAGCUGUGACAGGUCCGACAGGCGCUUUCCCAGGACCAAGUAUUAGAAGCGGGGGUGCCGGUAGUUUCUCAAGAUUUUUCUUAGGCGGCCUUCAACCAACCUUACUGGAAGUUGAUGCUACUGAACGUUGGGGUGAAGUGAUCAGUACCAUAGAUGUUGGCAUUGGAGGAUCUGUAGUUCUUAGACCAUUCAGUGGUGGAUUGUGUGCUGGAAAUACAAAUGGGAAAGUUAUGAUUAUUGAUCCACGUACUAACCAUGGUAUUGUACGCGAGUUAGACGCGCAUACGGGCGAAAUUUCUGAUAUUACAGUUGAUGCACAUAGCCAUACAUUGGUUACUUGUGGUUGGUCACGUAUCGGAGAUUCUGGACUACGUGUGGAUCGUUUGUUAAGAGUAUAUGAUCUUCGAUCAGGUCGUGCGCAAGUCCCACUGUCCGCAUCACUUGAUCCAUGUUUUGUUCGCUUUAUCCCCGGUUGUGGUGACAGUCUACUGAUAGCUUCUCAGACAGGUGCCUUCCAGACUAUCCAAUGGGGAAAAGUGGUGUUUUCACCGAACGACUUAGGUCAAGUAUGGCUAAACUAUGACCGACUAGUUGCUACAGAUAUUUCGCAAAAUGGUAACUGUGCAGUUUUUGCUACUGAAGCUGGUCAACUUCAGCUGUAUAUACGCGAUUUAAAUGUGUGCCAAUUCAACACUUCGCCGUUACCAACAGAAUUCGCGUCUCCAUUCGCUGAAAGUCUAUGGCCUACAAAUACACUGCAGACUGCAAUCCCUGUGAAUUAUUCCUUAAUGAUAUUUGAUAAUCCUGAUAGUAGUUUGUAUGGGACAAAUCUAGCUGUGAUAGGUAAAACAGCUGCAGAAUCUGUUAGUCUACAAAUGAUGGCCGCUUCUUUGCAUCAACCCACUGGGAGUAUGAACAGUCCUAAUUUUAUAGAUCUGGUAGAACGGAGAAAGGCUGAAUUGGCUAGAGAAGCUGUCUUAGCUGCUUACAAACCUAUUGAAUAUGAUGACUAUCGUUUCUCACUGGCUAGUGUUCCGUUUGCAGCCUAUCCACCUCCGAUAUUUGAUCCAACAAAUCCAGUAGCCGAACAGUCUAGUUUAGUGUGGAAGUCGAAAUCGGAUAAAAUGUGUACAUCGGAUUGGCCACAAGACUUAAACGAGUCACAACGCAAAGUGAUGGAGAAAGUUGAUUCAGACCUACUGAACAAUGCCAAUCAGAAGAGAGCUGUUCGCAAACCACCUCAUUGGGGUUCAGUAUGGCAUCCAUAUUCAUCAGACAUAACAAUGACCACAGCAGCACACACAGAUGUGAAUGAUAAAUCAGGCGGCGCUUAUUCUAAUCCCUUACAGUUGGGUCGGUUCGAGCACACAACAGAACAAGUUACAACAACUACUGUUAACAUUAAUUCCACUACCAUUACAUCGUCUACAUCAGCAUAA